GUAAUUUAAAACGUGUUACGCAUAUAUUUAGAACACCCGUUCAAUGUAGACCAUGCUCGUUAAGAGUAUGAAAUGCUUGAUAGACUGUUGAUGGACUGAGUGCUGAUUUUGCGAGGUGAGAAGUUUCUCGCGAGAGGACGUAAUUGUCUCCGGAGGAGGGGGGAGUGACAUAAGCAGGAAAUUUCGCGGGAAUUAUUUUCCGUCCUCGCUGACAGAGAAGAAAUUCACAAAUACUUUUUAAUAAUAUAACUUAAUAUUCGAUUCAAGAGGGAUUAGAAUUUAGCCUGACCUCCUUUUAUAUAAGGUCUUAUCUUCCUUCUUAAGGAUAGUCAUGUUCUCCGAUCUGAGUGCCCAGAAGGACGGCUCCUCGCUGCUCUGUCAUCCAGACUCCAUGGACCAGGGGCCGGUGUUUGAGAGGAUGUCGCAGGUCUACAAUCCCUGCACCAACCGUUACACGGUUGGGGAGCGUAGCUUCAGCCGUCAGUAUGCACACAUUUACGCAACACGACUUAUGCAGAUGAGGCCGUUGUUAUCAGAAAAAGCUCAACAGAAAUGGGGAUCAAAUGUGUUGAUCAAAAAGCUGUGUGAUCUAGAAACAGGGGAGCAGUGUUGCAUUGUGGGCACCUUGUUCAAGCGCAUGGACUUGCAGCCAUCUAUUUUGAAAGAAAUCAGUGAGGAGCACAACCUCUUGCCACAGCCUGCACGUUCAAAAUAUAUUAAUGAAGCAGAUGAGCUUAUUCUGGAGGAUGAGCUGCAGAGAAUCAAACUGGAAGGCAAAAUUGAUAAAGACAAGUGUGUGACAGGUAGUGUUAUUGCAAUAUAUGGAGCUGAGAAAAACGAUGGCAAAUUCACAGUAGAGGACUUUUGCACAGCAGAGCUCCCUUUGCAGGAAGCAAGACCUGCAUUCAGCUCUGACAGGUUUGUACUCCUGACCUCAGGACUUGGUCUUGGAAGUAGUCAUGCUGACAGUAUGCUGGGGCUGCAGUUGCUGGUUGACAUGGUAACUGGUCAGCUUGGUGACAUGGGCGAGCAGAGUGGGGCUGCAACAAUUUCCAGGGUACUGUUGGCUGGAAACCUCUUGAGUCAAAGCACCCAGGACAAGGAUGCAUCUACAAAGGCCAAGUACCUCACCAAGAAGACUCAGGCAGGCAGUGUGGAAGCAGUUUGUUUGCUUGAUGAGCUGCUGCUUCAGCUCGUGGCCUCAGUUCCAGUGGAUGUAAUGCCAGGACAGUAUGACCCCACCAACUACACCCUCCCACAGCAGCCUCUCCAUCGUUGUAUGUUCCCCUUGUCCUCUGUAUACCCCACUCUGCAACUGGUCUCCAAUCCAUAUGAGGCUAACAUUGAUGGAGUGAGGUUCUUAGGCACUUCAGGCCAAAAUGUCAGUGACAUGCAGAGAUACAGCAGCAUGGACAGUCACCUGGAAAUACUGGAGGAAACACUUCGACUCAGACACCUGGCCCCCACAGCACCUGAUACUCUUGGUUGCUACCCAUUUUAUCAAAAAGAUCCUUUCAUUUUGGAAGAGUGUCCCCAUGUUUACUUCAGUGGCAAUGCCCCAGCCUUUGAAUCCAAGCUCGUCAAAGGUCCUGAUGGUCAGGAAGUCCUUUUGGUUACUGUUCCAGAGUUCAGCAGGACCCAAACAGCAUGCCUAGUCAAUUUACGCACUCUUCAGUGUGAACCAAUCAGUUUUUCAGCAUUCUCCGCAGAUGAAGAUGAGGAAAGUGAGAUGAACGUCAGUCACUAAUAUUUGGACGUUUUUCUUCAGGCUACUGGUGGUUUGAAUCAACCUUUGGCCAAGAAUCUGAGUCCUUGCUGCACAGAUGCUGUCUGUAUGACAAAGGCUAAUGCUGUUAGAAGUGUUGUUUUCUUAAAAAUAGUUUUUUGUAAAAGAAAAACAGCACUGCCAUCCUAGUAUCAGAAAUUAGGUGCUGAAAAAGAGAGAAGAUACUCGUGUAAUAAAAUGACUUUAUUUGCACCCCAUCGGUGCCUGAGGAAACAUUUCCUCCUCUGACUGUUUUGAAAUGUGAGCUUUCUUUUUACAUGUGUAAUCACUGACUGUACUGUAAAAACAUUUCUGUCAUGGGUGAAGACAGUGUAAACAGUUCAGUUUUCUUUUUUUUUAAAUGUGCAUUUACAAUAAACAUCUCUUUCAUAUAACA